AUGGUGAACAUUAAAGCGUUCGCAGUGGAACAGUGGAUGGACAAGUAUGAGAUGAUCGCUAAAUACAACACUGCCGAGACCUGUUGCGCUUCUCUCUCAGUGGAUGACCUGCGGGAACUUUCUGAAGACAAAGACUCCAAUCCCCUAGCCCAGCUGCAAACCACCAAGCUCACAUAUGGAGCCAUUCGAGGAUCCGAGAAUCUGCGUCAGACCUUGGCCAACCUAUAUUCCGCCAAAACACCCACUCCACUUCCAGCGGACAAUGUCCUGAUCACUCCUGGUGCUAUCCAAGCCAAUUUCCUUGCUCUGUAUACCCUAAUCGGCCCAGGCGAUCAUGUCAUCUGUCAUUAUCCUACAUACCAACAGCUGUACUCGGUUCCUGAGUCAUUGGGAGCCGAGGUCAGUCUGUGGAAAUCGAAGGAGAAAGAUGGCUGGCAGCUUGACCUCGACGAGCUGAAGAAGCUUAUUCGCCCUAACACUAAGAUGAUCAUUAUCAACAACCCCCAAAAUCCUACUGGGGCCAUUAUCUAUCGCGAUACGCUCGAGGACCUGGCCGAUAUCGCACGCGAGUCCUCCAUCAUACUGUACGCUGACGAGGUCUACCGCCCUCUGUUCCACAGCAUUAGCCCCGCGGAUCCGCAAUUCCCUCCCUCAGUUCUGUCGCUUGGAUAUGAGAAGACUGUCGCAACCGGAUCAGUAUCAAAGGCAUACAGCCUAGCUGGACUCCGCGUAGGCUGGAUCGCGUCGCGUGAUCGAUUCAUAAUAGAGGCAUGCGCUGCUUCGCGAGAUUACACCACCAUCUCGGUGGGUCAGAUCGAUGACGCGGUGGCCAGCUUUGCAUUAGCGCCGGAAUGUAUCCAUAACCUCCUGAAGCGAAAUCUCGAUCUCGGCCGAACGAAUCUCGCUCUUUUGGAGAAGUUUAUUGAAUCCCAUCGCUGGGGAUGCGAAUGGGUCAAGCCCCGCGCUGGCACAACCGCAUUUGUUAAAUUUUCCAAGAUGGGUAAGCCUAUUGACGAUGUUGUAUUCUGCGAGAGGCUGCUUGAGAAUACCGGGGUAAUGCUUGUGCCUGGGAGCCACUGCUUUGGCGGAAGCAAAGAAUUCCAGGGCUACGUUCGCAUCGGCUAUUGUUGCGAGACGAAUUUUCUCGAACAGGCCCUCGAGGCCUUGGCAGGAUUCAUGGAGGAAGGAUUCGAAGACGUACCUACGUUAAAGAAGAAUACUGUCAAGGCCCCUGAAUAA